GAAAUCAAUAUCUCCUUCAAGAGCCUAAAUCCUUGUUAUAAAUAUUUCCAAUGCAUUUUCAACCUCCACACAUCUUCAUAAUCCUUCUCUUCAAACCUUAAACACUUCCCAUUUCUGACUUACCUUCACUUUUCACUCACUUGAAAGGCAAUGGCAGAAGCAGUUCUCUGUGAUCUUGCCGGGGGAAUCAUUUCAAAGCUGGCUUCUCUAGUUCUUCAAGAGACUAUUCUGUGCUUUGGUGUCAAAGACGAGCUUGGGAAACUCGGGAGGACAGUUUCAACGAUCCAAGCUGUGCUUCUUGAUGCAGAGCAGCAGUAUUCGCAGAGUCAUCAAGUCAAAGAAUGGGUUGACUCGCUAAAAGAUGCUUUUUACGAUGCUGAUGACUUGCUAGAUGAGUUCUCCACAGAUGUUUUAGUGAAGCAGAUGAUGACUGGCAAUAAAAUGGUGAAGGAGGUACGCCUCUUCUUUUCAAGCUCAAACCCAUUUGUUUAUGGUCUUAAAAUGGCUCAUAAGAUUGGAAAAGUUAGAAGUAAAUUAGACGAGAUUGUUGCAAAUAGGAAUUUUCACUUAGAAAAUCUCCCUGAGAAGACAUUUCCUAUGGUUGAGGAAAGAGAGCAAACUCACUCUUCUUUACCUCAAGUAGUUGUUGGCAGAGAAAAUGAUAAGAAGGAAAUUAUUGAUUUUCUUCUGUCUUCUAGUUAUAGGGAGAAUGUGUCGAUCAUUUCCAUUGUUGGUCUUGGAGGAUUAGGAAAGACAACACUUGCUAAACUUGCAUAUAAUGAUGAUAUGGUGAAAUCAAAUUUUGAGCUUAAAAUGUGGGUGUGCAUUUCUGAAAAGUUUGAUGUCAAAAUAAUUGUUGAAAAGAUUUUGGAGUCUCUUGAUCAUCAGAGAACUACAAAUCUUCAAAUGAAUACCUUGAAAGAUCUUCUUCUUGAAAAAAUUAGUGAAAAAAAAUAUUUACUUGUUUUGGAUGAUUUGUGGGAUGAUGAUUCAGGAAAAUGGUUUAAGUUAAAGGAUUUGUUAGUUGGAGGUGCAAGUGGAAGCAAAAUUAUUGUAACCACACGUCACAGAAAAGUUGCAGAAAUUAUAAGAUCGGAAAAAACACAUGACUUACAAAAGCUACUUCCUGAUGAUUCGUGGUCUUUACUUAAAAAAAUGGCCUCUAAACCAGGGCAAGUGAUUAGCUUAGAACAUGAGAAAGUUGGAAGAGAAAUUGUGAAAAAGUAUUGUGAUGGGGUCCCUUUAGCCAUAAGUGUAAUAGGACGUGUAUUGUAUUUUAAAAAUACAAUAGAUGAGUGGCAACUUUUCAAAGAAAAAGAACUUCCAAAUGUAAAUGAAGAGGGAAAUAGUAUUAUGCAGACUCUCAAAUUGAGUUAUAAUUAUCUACCUUCUCAUUUAAAGCGUUGUUUUGCUUAUUAUAGUUUACAUCCAAAAAAUUAUAGAAUUGCUAUAAGACAUUUGGUGGGUCUUUGGAUAGCACAAGGAUUUAUCAAAUCUUCAGAUUCAAAACAAAGUCUUGGAGAUAUAGGCUUAAUAUAUUUCAGGGAUCUUGUAUGGAGGUUUUUCUUUGAAAAAGUAGAAGAAGAUUUAUCAGGUAAUUUAACAUAUUGUAAAAUGCAUGAUUUGAUGUAUGAUCUAGCUAAGCUAGUAGCAAGAGAGGAAAAUAUUUUACUAAUUUCAGAUGAAGAGCGUGUUCAAGAAGGAAUUCGACACUUGUCUAUGGAUUUUCAAAUUGAGUCAUGGGAGAAAGUUGCAAAUUGCUUACUUGAUAUGACAAAGUUGCGAACAUUUAUAUCAUGGCCAGAAAAGCAAGAUAAAGAAGUAGAAUGCCAUGAAAUUUUGUCCAGAUUAAGUUGUGUAAGGGUGUUGAUUUUGCGUGGUAUGGGAUUUGAGAGAGUGCCACCUUCCAUUGGCAAAUUAAAACUUAUAAGGUUUCUCGAUCUUUCUUAUAGUAAAGGCAUUGAGAUCCUUCCUGAUUCCAUUAUUAAACUCCAAAACCUGCAAACUCUGUACCUAUAUGAUUGUGAAAAGCUUAAGCAGCUGCCUAAGCAUAUGAAAAGGUUGGUCAAUCUCAGGGAUCUUGGCAUUUCGGGAUGUGUUAGUUUGACUCAUAUGCCACGUGGGAUUGGUCAACUAACUUCCCUUGAGUAUUUGACAACAUUCGUACUGGCCAAAGACAAUGGAGUCUCCAAGCAUAGUGGUGGACUCAGUGAAUUACGUUACUUGAAUAAUUUGAGAGAAGAUCUAGAGAUCUUGAAUCUUCAGUAUGUGAAAAAUCCAGCAUCUGAAUUUGAGGCUGCCAAUUUGAAAGAGAAGCAACACCUUCAAUCCUUAUCGUUAGCAUGGCAAUUGGGCGAUCGCUAUGAUAAUGAUAGUAAUAGGGGUCCAGAUAAUGUUGAAAAUGACGAAGAAAUGUCACUGGAAGAGUUUCGACCACACCUUAAUCUAAAAGAAUUGAUUGUGUAUGGGUGUGGAAGACUCAUGUUUCCAAGCUGGAUUUCUUCCCUCACUAAUUUGGUGACACUUCAAAUUGAUGACUGCAAAAAAUGCCAGUAUUUUCCACCGUUGGAACAGUUCCCUUCACUUAAACGUUUGAUGAUUGUGAAUUUAACUGAUCUGGAGUACAUGGAGAGUGGGAUUAAUUUCGACAAUGCAUUAUUCUUCCCUUCCUUAGAGGAUCUCUCCCUCAAAAAUUGCCCAAAUCUGAAGGGAUGGAGGAGGGAUACAUCCAUGCCUCAGUUGCUACAAUUUCACUGUCUUGAUUAUUUGGACAUCAGGUCUUGCCCUAACCUCACUUCAAUGCCUCUUAUUCCAUCUAUCCGAAAAUUGGUAUUGAAAAAUGCCAGCAAGAAGUCAUUGGAGGAUAUACUGAAGGUGAAGAUUUCAGUGUCACAGUCAACCUCUUCUUCGAUUUCCCUUUCUAAAUUGCAAAUUCUGACAAUAGAGAACAUUGAGGAUCUAGAAUUUCUGCCAGAGGAGUUGUGGCAUCUACCCUCCCUCGAGCUUCUUGCCAUCGAGGCUUGUGAGAAGCUCGAUUUAUCUGAUGAUAUGCAGUGGCAGUACCUUAGAAGCCUCCGGGAGCUUCAAUUAAUAAAUAUGAACAAAUUGGCAUCCCUCCCGAAGGGACUUCAACAUGUUCCCACUUUGCACAAACUCUCAAUUGAAAGUUGUCAUCAUUUGGAAUCUUUACCGGAGUGGAUGGAAAGCCUCACUGCAUUACAAUCUUUCUGUAUUGAAGAAUGCCCUCAACUGUCAGAAAGAUGCAAAAACAACAUGAGUGCUGAUUGGCCCAAGAUUUCUCACAUCCCAAAUAUUUGUGUUGAUGGAAGAUGGAUUCAAGAGGAUGGCUGCUACAAACCAUGAUCAGAAGAAUCAGACUGGGGUUGACAGAUAUCUUGAAAUAUUCUCUCUUAAAUCUCAAAACUGUUGUUCAUAGAUGUUGAACAAUUGGUUUGCAACCAUGACAAUAUCUAUUAGGAUGUCCUGAUUCUGCUUCUUAACUUUAGGAUGGGGAUUCAUUGAGUAACUUCAUAUAUGGAAUUGUGAUGAAGGAGGGCAUUGUCAUCGAUCAACUUCUUCUACGAGUCUUACUUCUCUUCACAUUCCUUUUGCUUUGUUUCCCCAAAACUUUUGAUUCUUCUUUCAAUUUCAAUUCUCAACUCAAAUGGAGGCUUGGGAGGGUUUUAUGGUGGCUAAAGGAUGGAAGAAAAUGGCUUACAUUAACCAUUGGCAUCAGAAACGCCAUGUGAAGAGAUGGACAGCAGCAACACUCUUCUCUCCACUUCUUCGAUUUUGGGUUCUGUGGUGAAAGGGUACAACAGCUGGCUUCUUCAAGGAUGGGAAUCAUUGUGAUGAAGGUCGCUGUCAUAUAUCAACUUCUCUUCACCUCAUUCCUUUGUAAGUUAAAUCAACAACACAUUUGUACUGCUAAAUACAGAGGUGGAAAGGCAUUGGUUCUGAAAGCAAAAGUAUAUUACUGGGUUUUUUUUUUUCCCAAUUUACAAGUUCCAUCAGACAGUGUUGAAAAAAUGACCAUCUCGAAUUUCUUCCAAAAAAUGUAAAGCAUUUGCCCCAAAUUGAAGCCUUAUCUUGGGAAAUGUGAUAUGGAAGGUGGAACUGCCACUACGAAGAAAUCCAUACCAGAAUUUUAGCUUCUACGUGUUGCAAGAGAAUUGAUUUUCUAUGCAGAAACUGACAAGCUAUGUAAACAACAUGACCAUUGAUCAGUGUUUUAUGGAAACACUUUAGACUAGGAUGAAGUUCCGGGUUACAAUGCAUUGAGACCAUCAUAUCAUGGCUGCAGUUAUCUGAAAUUAAUAAACAGUCAUAAAUAUUCCUGUUGUAGAAUUGUGUUGAAAGUGCUUCCUUGAAUAUUCUAUGCUACAAUUUGGAUGGUUUAAAGGGGUUCUAAAAUUUAGUUUUGGAGUAUCAAUCUGAUCUCUAAAUGUUGAGAGAGAAAGCAUUUUGACAAGAUUUGGGUGCUGGGGAAAUUAGGAUUUAUUCCUUCCAUCCAGUUGUGGGGAAAACAAAAUGACGAUAAGGAGUUUCUUCUAGAAAAUGUAAAGCAUUGGCCCAAAUUUGGGUGUAAUCUCCAAGCACGUAAUAUGGAAGAAACUUGCUUUGUUCAAUGCUCCUCUGUUUUUUCUGAUGAUACGCAGGGUCAAUACCUUAGUAGCAUCCAGGAGCUUCAAUAUAGAAAUAUGAACAAACUGGCGUCCCUCCCAAAGGGAUUUCAACAUGUUCCCUCUCUGUGCAGACUCACAAUGGACAGUUGCGCUAAUUUGAUGCCUUUACAGAGUGGAUGGAAAGCCUCACCCACAUUACAAGCUUUCUGGAUUGUAGAAUGUCCUACACUGUCAUAAAGAUGCAAAAACAACAUGGGUGCUAAUUGGCCCUAGAUUGCUCUCAUCCCAUAUGAUAGUGUUGAUGGAAGAUGGAUGCAGGAGGAUGGUUGUUACAAAUUAUAAUCAGAAGAAUUAGGCUUCCUUCGUUUGAUGAUGGUUCUGUCUUGUUGAAAAAUGCCAAAGAAACAAUUGUGGAUUUGCCUCUCAUGUGCCAGCAAGUGCUAUUUUAUUAUUGACUUGUACAUGUUUAUUUCUUCGUCUUUUUGAGUGACUGGUACAUAAUAUCUAAUAGUUUGCAUCAAUCUCAAUGCUUGCUCAUUACCCACGCAGCAGCAUGAAAAAUUAAGGACUCAUUACCUAUUUAGUGGCAACUGAUCAUCCUACUUAUCUGCAAUAAUUUGUUAAAGGCCUGAAGCAAAGAUCUGAUUCUGAUUCAAGCAGAUUUAGAGGUCAUAAUCAUGAAAGGUUCAAUGAUGCUGUCUAGCUGAGACCUGAUCAGUUGAUUAUAUAUAUGAACCUUGCAAUUUAAUAUUGCACAAGAAAUGGAGGUUUUUUAUUGCAAUUUAGUAUCACAGCAAGACGUCUACGAACUGGUUUGAAUUUAGUUCUGGAAACUGAAGAUUGCUGAGAAAUCAACUAUGAUCUCUGAAGGCACAAGUAAGAACUAGCAAUCUGGGACGCCCUGAGAGAAUUUCCUAAAUUUGAAGAUUUUAGCUGAACGAUUAAUGGUCUUUUUUUUCCUCAAAAAUCAAUAUAUAUUAUAUAUAUGGGACCUAGAAUUUCUGCAUAUUCAGUUGAAAUUCUGCUAGAAUUUCUGCAUAUGUAUGUGAACCUUACUUCACUUCAAUGCCUUAAUAUUUGGGAUUGUCCACAAAUAACAACCUUGUCUUCUGCCAUGUGGCAUGCAGUGGUGGAAAAAUCAUUGGUUAAACAAAAUAAGAUUCAGCGCUUCAUAAUUCUUCAAAUCUAACUUAUUCCUUCCAUCUAGUUGUUUGGUAAGUCUUAUUACUGGGUUGUUUUUCUAUCAUUUUUGUUGUUAUAUUUUCUUGCGCAUGGACAAUUAAAUAUCAAAAAGCCCACAGUUUUACCUUUCUUUAAUUUGGUUUCCGGGAAAACAAAUUGACAAUCUGGAGUUUCUUCUGGAAAAUGUUUAAGGCAUUUGCCCCAACUGAGGUCUAAUCUUCAGGCAUGUGAUAUUUAAGAAAUCAUUUACGUGAUUGCAGAAUUGUUUGAACUUCUGUUACCAGAUGCAUGUUCUGAGUGAGAUCCAGAGUGUUCGGAGAUUUGAGGUUUUAUAGUUUGGAAGUUGAUAAUGGUUCUAAUUUGUUGAAAGAUGCCAGAAAAGAACAGUUGUGAAUUGGCCUCUCUUGUGCAAGGAAGGUUUUUUUUUUGGUCUGGUGCAUUGUGCAAAAUUUUCAAUCUAUAUGGACCCAAUUGCAGUUUAGACUUUAAAGGAAACCUUGCGGGCACAACUACAUGUGAAAGAGAAGCCCAUCCAUCGAUCAAAGCUUUGGAGUUAUCUUGUGCCAAUUUGUCUCUUGUUGACUCAUCUAAUUCUAUUGUGGUUGAAUCGAAUUCAAAGAAUGUUGUUUCUUGGGUUCUUAAACCGGAUUCCACUCCUUGGCAACUAUCAUUGGUGAUUAACUCCAUUGUGACCAGCAUUGAAUCCCUUCCACCUGUUUACCUUUUGCUUCUGCUCACGAGAAUCCAACUCAGUUGCAGAUUUGUUGGCCAAACAAGGUUCAAGGCGCAAUGAAGAUUUCAUUGCUUUCUUAUAAAUCCUGGUUUGAAAUUGUUGGAUGUAUUUGUGUAUUCAGCAUGUUUCUUUUGUUUGUUUGUUUGUUGUUUUUCUCUUGAGAUGUGAGCUGGCUUUUGGUUCCAGGAUUGUAUCCCUUUGGUUCUAGGCUUGUAGUUUUGUUCCGUCCAGGUUUUUUACUUAGCAUGUGUCAUCCUAGGUUGGGUGUACUGGGUAGGUCUAAUGACCUGGGUUUAGUUGGAUAACACAUGCUAAGUUUUUCCUAGAUUUAUUAAUAAAAUAAUUUUACUUAUAAAAAAUAAAAAGUGCAGUCUAGCAUUGGAGAGCA